AUGCGACUUCUUGCCCUAGUGCUGCUCAUUCCCGGCUUCUAUGCACUCUUGUGCUACGAAUGCGUUGCCGACGGGAAGAACGUUUGUAAUGGAGGAGGCGGAUGGUUUUUCGAGAAGAUCAUGGCGAUGGGGAAUAGCACAGUACGAUGCAAGGCCGGCGAACGUUGCGUCUGGUGGUGGAAGGAACAGAACCCGCGCGCCGAACCAGACCGAAAAAGAGAUUGCGGUGCCAUGGGCCCGCACCGCUGUGGAUACAGUGAGAGUGACGACGAGGACGUAGUCCACCGCGAAGACGACGGUUUCAUGAUGGGCUGCGGAUGCGAAGGCCCACUAUGUAACGAUUGGGAUGAAAUAACACUCAAGGACAUGGCGGAAGCUACUCUAGAGCCGCGAGAAGACGUCCUGAACAUGUCCUCGCCGUUGCCCGUCGUCUCCAUCGGAACCACCUAUCACAUCUUCCCCUAUUACCUCUUCAUCUUCUUGCUCGCCUUUGCC